CGAUGCUCAGAAGCUUCGUUUUCCUCUGUUAGUCUGACUCAAAGUCUCGUUUGCAGAUUCCGGACAAUAUUCAGCUUCGGCGCGAGGUCAUUAUGGGCCUUAUGAAGAGCUCAACGGUUUUCAUCAACUACCUCGCCGCCGCUGCGCUGGAGAAGACGCACGAGCAGGGGCACAAGACGAUCACGGCCACCACCGUCGUAAGCGCCUUCAAGGAAGCUGGCUUUCCCGAAAACUACGUGAAGGAGCUGCGGGAGGCUGUCGCUGAGAAACAAGAGGCCGAUGCUGAAAAGCUGGCACAGCGCAAAGAAGAGAGAAAGGCAAAGGCAAAGGCAGCGGGUACCGACGGCGAGGCAGUCGGCGAUGGUGGGGAAGAAACAGAGCUAGGCGACGAUGGCGAGGGAGCUGCAGCUGGGGAACCACAAGGAGAAGGAGAGCAAGGUGCUACGGAUGAGGCGGACGAUGACGAGGAAGAAGAGGAAGAAGAGCCCCGGGGAGAGGGUGAAGAGCCAGAAGAGCUGCGGGAAGAGCCUGAUGAAGAUGAUGUACCCGAAGAUGGACCAGACGCCGAGCACGUCUAAGGGCAGUCGAGGCCUGCUGACUUGUAUCAAUAGAUCAUUUGACUGACUAUGAGGGAGGGAGAAGGAGAAAAAUUACAAGAUGACGAGGCGUCAUUUCAGUCGAGCGACUGCUCGCCGCUGUAAGCAGGCAAGCGUUCGCAUGCACCUUCCCAUGAGAUAGUACCGUCGCACAUCUCCUUGAUGACGGCAAUGACCUCGUCGACGGAGCCAAUUCGCUGGCUUGUCGAGUCUCGCUCUCGCAGUGUCAUCUGGGCCAAUGAGAGGGUCAGUUCGGCGUUGGCA